UGUAUAAAACUGGCAUUAAAACCAAAUGUCGACGCAUAAAAUUGUCUUUUGAAUGCUUAGAUAAGCCAUGUUAUGAGUUGUCAAAUGAGUUAUUACACGAUUCUCACCACUCCGAAUAUCUUAAGCAGAUUCCAACAACCCAACUUCAAAGGCUUUUAAGCAUUUUAAAAGAUCUUAUUAAAGGUGUUUCGUUAUCUGAAAGUUUAGCUAACAAUGAUAAGCUAUACACAAUCGAUCCAGAUGAGAACUUAAAUUUAUUGGAUAAAGGCAAAAAAAAAGAAAUUAUGAACGAAUUGUAUUUGCUCAAUCAAGAAACACCAGAUGAUGAGGGCUUUGUUUAUGAUAAGCAGGUGGAUUUUAAGCAUUCAUUGAUUGAAACCUGCGAUUGGGAUGAUACUGAAGAAGAGUUUUGA